CAUACAUAUUUCUUACAAUCCAACUCUCCCCUUAAACAAUAACACCAUGCAUACCAUUCCCAUUUCAUCUUUAACAUUCUUUGCUUCCUCCCUCCUCCUCAUCUCCACCAUAUUCCACCCAUGCGCCGCCACGAUCCCUCGUAAACUCGCCCUUUUACAAACUCCGGCCACCGUCUUAAAAUACCACAAAGGAUCAGUCCUCAUUGGCAACAUAACCGUCAACAUCUUAUGGUAUGGCCACUUCACCCCCAACCAAAAAACCAUAAUAACCGAUUUUAUUAACUCACUCAACGCACGCCUCCCUCCAGCACCCUCCGCGGCCUCCUGGUGGCAAACCACCAGGAAUUACAAAGGCGGGCAGCGGAGGAUCCAAUUAGGGAAACAAAUAGUAGAUGAAAAGUACUCCCUAGGAAAAACCCUUAAAGAUUCCCAUCUUAUUUAUUUAGCCACCAAAAAUAAAGGGUUUAAUGAAAUAAGCUUGGUAUUGACCGCAGCUGACGUUGCGGUCAAUGGGUUUUGCAUGAACCGGUGUGGGACCCACGGGUCGACUCGGGUGAACAAGGGUCAUAACUUUGCGUACGCGUGGGUCGGUAACUCGGUGACUCAGUGCCCAGAUCAAUGUGCGUGGCCGUUUGUGCAACCCGUAUACGGACCAAAGGUACCGCCUUUAGUGGCGCCCAAUGGUGACGUCGGGGUCGACGGGAUGAUUAUAAACAUUGCAACGGUCUUAGCCGGAACCGUGACGAACCCGUUUGAUGGCGGGUAUUUUCAAGGCCCGGCUACGGCUCCGUUAGAAGCCGUUACGGCUUGCACCGGGAUAUUCGGGUCAGGUGCCUUUCCCGGAUACCCGGGGAGCGUAUUGGUGGAUAAGAAGACGAGGGUUAGCUAUAAUGCGCAGGGUGUGAAGGGGCGUAAGUACUUAUUACCGGCUAUGUGGGACCCCAAGACUUCGACGUGCAAGACACUCGUGUAAUGAUUAAAUGAAGGUUCACGUGUCAAUUAUAAUUUUGUUUUAUUUUUUAAAUUUCAUUAUUUGUUUAGCUUAAAGUUUUAUUAAAGACUGUAAGCACUUAUGAUAUAUGUUUUAUGACUCACGUAACGUUGUUGAAAUUAAUUAUUAUUUAAUCUAUAAUAGAGAAAAUGACAAUUAA